ACCGUCGAAAGAAAAAGAAAAUUAAAUAAAGGCCGCUGCACGGUUGGCGAAUGAAUGAAUCCGCAUCUCACCUGCCCAAUGCCACUCCCUAGUGGGGUUGGGAUCCGAUGCUGCCUUCUGCCCCAUUCUCGGCGAUUCUCUUCUUUUCUGCUUUUCAAAGCUGGCGUGUAAUUUUCGGACCCCGAUUUUCAUCAUCCAUAUCAUUUACAUGUCACCCGCACACGGACACUGCUCACCCCGUUUAAAUAAACUGUUAAUCGAACAGAACUGCUAGCCACGAAGCCCCAAGCUCCAUUCCACGACCAGCUCCUCUUCCUCGGCAUUCGUCGCCAUCAUCGUCUUCUUCUUCGGCUGCUUCGAUGCAUUUUCGUCUCUGUAAAUCGUAUUUCUGCAAUUUCAACCUAGAGUGCGGUUUGGAGUUAAUUUGAACGGCGACGGUGAUUUUUGAGACUCGAGAAGGGGGCUCAGUUCGCAGGUUUCAAUGGAGGGGAAUUCUUCGGACCAGCUAAUCUACCUCCACGGAGACCUAGAUUUGAAGAUCAUCGAAGCUCGUAGGUUGCCCAACAUGGACAUGGUCUCCGAGCAUCUCCGCCGCUGCUUCACCGCCUGCGACACCUGCCGCACUCCCUCCUCUGCCGCCGACUCCCCCGGCCGCCGUGGCGACCGGGAAGGCAACGAGAAGGUGCAGCACCACCGGAGAAUCAUCACCAGUGACCCGUACGUCACCGUCCGCGUCCCUGGAGCCACGGUGGCUCGGACGCGCGUGAUCUCCAACUCUCAGAACCCUAAGUGGAACGAACACUUUGUGCUUCCCCUGGCCCACCCGCUCUCCAACCUGGACUUUCAGGUCAAGGACAACGACAUGUUGGGCGCCGAGCUCAUCGGGACAGUUGCGAUCCCGGCGCAGAAGCUCCAGUCCGGCGAGGUCAUCAGCGGCUGGUUUCCGGUGGUGGGGACCAAUGGAAACCCGCCCAAGCCGGGCGCUGCGCUUCAUCUUGAGAUGAAGUUCACGCCUUGCGAAAGGAUUCCCUUGUACCGGCAUGGCAUCGCCGCUGAUCCGGAGCGCUUGGGCGUGAGGCACACGUAUUUUCCCUUGAGGAAAGGUGGAGCCAUGACGCUGUAUCAGGAUGCCCACGUUCCCGACGGAAUCUUACCCAAGAUAGAAAUAGACGGCUGUAGGAAUUUUACACAAGAGAAGUGUUGGGAAGAUAUUUGUUAUGCUAUUACGGAGGCUCAUCAUUUGAUCUACAUUGUUGGUUGGUCUGUUUUUCACAAGAUUAGGCUAAUCAGGGAGCCAACCCGGCCCUUGCCUCGGGGUGGUAAUCUUACUUUGGGUGAAUUGCUAAAGUAUAAGUCACAAGAAGGGGUUCGGGUACUGUUAUUGGUUUGGGAUGAUAAUACCUCACACAGUAAAUGGUUCAUCAACACGGAGGGAGUGAUGCAAACACACGAUGAAGAAACCCGGAAGUUUUUCAAGCAUUCAUCUGUCAUUUGUGUGCUUGCACCUCGUUACGGCAGCAAUAAGCUUAGUUAUAUAAAACAAAAGGUUGUUGGAACCAUGUUUACACACCAUCAGAAAUGUGUGCUUGUAGAUACACAGGCAUCUGGUAAUAAUCGAAAGAUAACUGCUUUUAUAGGAGGUUUAGAUCUCUGUGAUGGCCGUUACGACACACCUGAGCAUCGACUAUUUCGGGAUCUGGACACUGUAUUUAAGGAUGAUUUUCACAAUCCUACAUUUCCUGCAGGAACCAAGGCUCCAAGGCAGCCAUGGCAUGACUUGCACUGCAAAAUUGAAGGGCCUGCUGCAUACGAUGUCCUUAUAAAUUUUGAGCAGCGCUGGAGACGAGCAACAAAAUGGACAGAGUUUGGGCUACGUUUCAAAAGGGUCUCUCAUUGGCAUGAUGAUGCAUUAUUGAAGAUAGAUCGUAUCUCAUGGAUACUUAGUCCUGCCUUAUCUGUUUCAAAAGAUGGUAUUUAUACAUCUGUUCCAGAAGAUGAUCCCUUCUUGUGGGUUUCCAAUGACAAUGAUCCCGAAACCUGGCAUGUUCAGGUUUUCCGCUCCAUUGAUUCUGGUUCGUUGAAAGGAUUUCCCAAAACCAUUGAUCUUGCUGAGGCCCAGAACCUUGUCUGUGCAAAAAAUCUGUUGAUAGACAAGAGCAUUCAGACAGCAUAUAUCCAGGCAAUCAGAUCUGCUCAACAUUUCAUAUAUAUUGAAAAUCAGUAUUUUCUUGGAUCAUCAUAUGCAUGGCCAUCGUAUGAGAAUGCAGGAGCUGACAAUCUAAUUCCAAUGGAGCUAGCAUUAAAGAUUGUGAGUAAAAUCAGAGAAAAAGAGAGAUUCGCUGUUUAUGUUGUCAUACCGAUGUGGCCUGAGGGUGAUCCUAAAACUGCUACAGUGCAAGAAAUUCUCUUUUGGCAGAGCCAGACAAUGCAAAUGAUGUAUCAGAUUGUUGCUCAGGAACUUAGAUCCAUGGAGGAUAGUUCACACCCUUUGGACUACCUAAAUUUCUAUUGCCUUGGUAAUCGGGAAGAAAUGCCCAAGGAAAAGUCAAAUGAAGUCAGUCAAGCUUCUGCUAAUUCCAUUACGGUCUCAGACUCUCAAAAAUUUGAGCGGUUUAUGAUAUAUGUUCAUGCUAAAGGAAUGAUAGUAGAUGAUGAGUAUGUAAUAUUGGGAUCUGCCAAUAUUAAUCAGCGGUCUCUGGCUGGUACAAAGGACACAGAGAUAGCUAUGGGUGCAUAUCAACCCUAUCAUACCUGGUCUGAGCAGAAGCAGCAUCCAAGAGGCCAGAUCUAUGGCUACAGAAUGUCUUUGUGGGCAGAACACCUUGGUUUGGUAGAGGAGUGCUUGAAGGAGCCAGAGAGUGCAGAAUGCGUAAAGAGAGUGAAUGAGAUUGCUGAAGAGAACUGGAAGAAAUACACAACUGAGAAUUUUACGCCAUUGCAGGGCCACCUUCUCAAGUAUCCAAUGAAGGUAGAUGCUGAUGGGCAGAUAAGCCCCCUGCCUGGACACGAGAAUUUCCCAGACGCUGGUGGCAAAGUGCUUGGAACACAUUCCCCUACAAUUCCUGAUAUUUUAACCACAUAAUCGCCUGUCGCAAAGCCCAUUUUAUGCAGGACAUUUGCUGUGCCUUAGUGGAGUGUUUGUGUGUAAAUUUGCCCCCAACCUGACACCUUUUAAGCUGGUUGUGUUCCUGUUUGUAAAUGUGCCCUCUAAUGUAUAUUUGAAAUGAAAAAAAGGUGAAAAUAAUAAUGUUGUGAAUUUUUUGCUUACA